GGUGGUGCUGUGGUCUAAUGUCCGGGUGAAGGCGACGGGCUUUUGCGCAGCUGUAGGCUGGCCCCUCCUCUGUUAUCUGGGAAGAACAGUGAAACAAGCCGGCCUUCUACCGUCGCUCGGUUCUCUCGGAUAAACCUUCAGGCAGGCGGAGAGGCCACGAUGCAGGGAGCGCAGAAGCUGAUGAACGUCUUCGUGACGCGGCGGAUACCGGGCGAAGGAAUGAGGAUCCUCAGCCAGUGUGAGACGUGUAAGGUGUCGCUCUGGGACUCCGACGAGCCCAUUCCGCGCUCCGAGCUGCUGCAGAGAGUGUCCGGGGCGCACGGGCUGCUCUGCCUCUUAUCGGAGCGCAUCGACGCCGAAGUGCUGGAUGCGGCAGGGCCAAACUUGAAGGUGAUCAGCACAUUAUCAGUAGGGUUUGACCAUCUAGCCAUAGAUGAAAUAAAGAAACGAGGGAUCCGCGUGGGCUACACCCCAGACGUCCUGACGGACGCCACGGCGGAGCUGACUGUGGCUCUGCUGCUGGCUACUGCGCGCCGCAUCCCCGAGGGAGUGGAAGAGGUCAAAAAUGGCGGGUGGAGAAGUUGGAAAUCGCUGUGGCUGUGUGGCUAUGGUCUGUCCGGCAGCACCGUUGGUGUCAUCGGGCUUGGCCGGAUCGGGAUGGCCAUCGCCCGCCGGCUGAAGCCCUUUGGGGUUGAAAAGCUGCUGUAUUCAGGACGGACGGCCAAACCGCAGGCUGCGGAGGUGGAGGGGGAGUUUGUGCCCCUGGACAGACUGCUGUCAGAGAGUGACUUCAUCAUCGUGUCCUGCUCCCUGACCCCCGAGACCCAGGGACUGUGUAACAAGGCGUUUUUUAGCAAGAUGAAGAAGACCGCAAUCUUUAUUAACACCAGCAGAGGUGCAGUGGUGAACCAGGAGGACCUCUACGAAGCCCUGUCCAGCGGGCAGAUCGCAGCGGCUGGUCUGGACGUCACCACCCCCGAGCCCCUGCCCACCGAUCACCCCCUGCUGACACUGAAGAACUGCGUGAUCCUUCCCCAUAUUGGCAGCGCCACCUACUCCACAAGGGGCAUCAUGUCUGAGCUGGCUGCCAACAAUCUGCUCGCUGGGCUGUCUGGGACAGGCAUGCCAAAGGAGCUCAUCCUUUAGGUUCACAGCAAGCUUCUGUUUGAAGGUUAAACAACACAAUGCACUAUGCCUCCGUGUUGCUACACGGACAUCUCACUGUAGAUCUGUGAUCUAUGGAACUUGAAUAAUUUUUCUUGGAGAGAUAUGAGAAUAGGCACUAAAAUUAAAACUGAGAUUAACUCUAGAGUGUUAAAACACUAGUUUGCAUAUCUUUCAGCCAGGGUUAUCAUUAAAGUAGACUAAAACUACAAGAAAACAUUUUUGCAAAAUGAGGUAAGAUACAACAAAAAAAAUUAGUCAAAUGAAAUCUAUAAAUACUGCUUUCAAAACACCUGAUACUUUUCAGCAAAAGUAGUGAUUUGUUUAUCUUUAAUGAAAUUUCCUAAUACCUAGAAUGUUGUGCCCAUUUUGAGGACAUUAGUACACUAUGUCCUACGUUUGUACUGUGUAUAUUCAUCUAGGAUUCUCUAAAGACACAUAAAAUGUCAGAUAUUGAAAUACAAUUACUAAAACUAAAAGAUAUAAAAAAUAGUUUCUAUCUUUCCAAUAAAACCACACUAAAAACUAACUAAAACUAAGCUGGAUUUCAAAUGAGAACUGAAAAUAAACGUAAAAUCUAAAUUAGAAACAAUCAAAAUGAUAGACACUGAUUUCAGCAUAAGAACGUUGUACUAAAUUAACACUCCGCAACAACCAUUUCACUCCUCUUUGUGUGCACUGUAAAAGUCCUGUUUUUGUGUGUGUUUUAUGUUUAGUAUGACCUUGGAUUUUUAGUAUGACCUCGUAAGUGUCUGUCUACGCACUCCGGAGUCCCAGUAAACCAUCAGCUUUCGGUGGUCCUGCUGUUCGCAUUUCUGACUUGCAAUAUUACGCAGAACUGUCCCCAACGCGAUUAUGCUGUAACUGGUGCUGAGCUCUGUGAACCUCGCUGAGCCUUUCUUGUGCCUUAUCUUUACCACUCCUACAUGUGAUCAUGUGUCAUGCUAAUUAAAGGUGACCUCCUCUCCACGCCUUA